GCCGCCGGGUUACAUGGCAGUAGCCGCGGCGCCGCUCCUCCUAUUGAGGCGAGAGGCGGUCGUCGCCGCCGACACCAGCGCCAGGGCCCGGUCGCGCCGUCCGCCCCGGAGGCUUUUCUCCCCGCUUUGUCGACCCUCAUGAGCCUGGGCAGCCCCGUUUUUACAGAAUAAGAUGGAUGGCAGCUUUGAUUGUGAUUGUGGUGAGCUGGAGCCACCUGAUCAUUAACUAACAGCAUCUUUUGUAAAUCAAGAGCUGCCACUUCCUUGACAAACUAGGCUGUAGACGAAAAGAAGACAUCGGAAAAGUGCUUGCAACACCCUAGAAUGAAGCUGCUCAGGACCAGUCCAACACUGAAUGUAUCUGCACUGUGAGGAGGAGGAUGUUAACAGAAGCCUAUUACAUGCAUAUUUAUUCACAUUUUUGUUAAAUGUUAGCCAGUUUAGCACAGUAGAGCUGAGUACAAAGUAUGUCAUUUCAUUCCGUUCGUUUUACUUGGGUUUCCUUUUAACGUCUGCGGAUAUGCUGCAUUUUUCUUGAACUAUGAAUGCUACACCCUUGCUAUCUUGGCUCAGUUUGAUUUAUAGAGUGUGUAGGUGCCAAGUCUAAAGGGGACCCAACAGGCCUGGUUGGCUAGCAAUGCGAUGAGAGUGUCAAGAAAUUAUACAGUCAACCUGAAGCUUUUCUUCUCCUUUUCCAUAAGAUCCUUCCCAUACCAGUGGAAGCAUCUUUACACUUUCACAAAAAGCCUAAUAGCUUAAAGAGGGAAAACAGAACGCAAAGAAUUUUCGAAAUGGCAGAGAAGUUUGAAAGCCUAAUGAACAUUCAUGGUUUUGAUCUGGGUUCUCGGUAUAUGGACUUAAAACCACUGGGCUGCGGUGGCAAUGGCUUAGUUUUUUCUGCUGUCGAUAAUGACUGUGACAAAAGAGUGGCUGUCAAGAAAAUUGUCCUUACAGAUCCUCAGAGUGUGAAGCAUGCUCUGCGUGAGAUCAAAAUUAUUAGAAGGCUUGACCACGACAACAUUGUCAAAGUAUUUGAAAUCCUUGGUCCCAGCGGGAGUCACUUGACGGAUGACGUCGGCUCUCUGACAGAACUGAACUGCGUUUACAUUGUUCAAGAGUACAUGGAGACAGACCUGGCUAAUCUGUUGGAGCAAGGGCCCUUACUGGAAGAACACGCUAGGCUCUUCAUGUACCAGCUGCUACGUGGCCUCAAGUAUAUCCACUCUGCAAAUGUUCUGCACAGAGAUCUCAAACCAGCUAACCUGUUCAUUAAUACUGAAGACUUGGUGCUGAAAAUUGGUGACUUUGGUCUUGCACGGAUCAUGGAUCCUCACUAUUCCCAUAAGGGUCAUCUUUCUGAAGGAUUGGUAACUAAAUGGUACAGAUCACCUCGCCUUUUGCUGUCUCCCAACAACUAUACUAAAGCCAUUGAUAUGUGGGCUGCAGGUUGCAUCUUUGCUGAAAUGCUGACAGGGAAAACUCUCUUUGCAGGUGCACAUGAACUUGAACAGAUGCAGCUGAUUUUAGAAUCGAUUCCGGUUGUUCAUGAGGAAGAUCGUCAGGAACUUCUGAACGUCAUUCCAGUUUACAUUAAAAAUGACAUGACUGAGCCACACAAACCUUUAACUCAGCUCCUCCCAGGCAUUAGCCCUGAAGCACUGGACUUCCUGGAACAAAUACUGACCUUCAGUCCUAUGGAUCGAUUGACAGCGGAAGAAGCUUUGUCCCAUCCUUAUAUGAGCAUUUACUCCUUCCCAACUGAUGAGCCCAUUUCAAGCCACCCUUUUCAUAUCGAGGAUGAGGUGGAUGACAUUUUGCUCAUGGAUGAAAGUCACAGUCAAACCUAUAAUUGGGAAAGAUACCACGAAAGUCAGUUUUCAGACCACGACUGGCCUAUCCAUAACAACUUUGAAGCUGAUGAAGUUCAGCGUGAUCCAAGAGCUCUUUCUGAUGGGACUGAUGAGGAGGAAGUGCAAGUAGAUCCUCGCAAAUAUUUGGAUGGCGACCGUGAAAAGUAUCUGGAGGAUCCAGCUUUUGACACCCACUUCUCUACUGAGCCUUGCUGGCCAUAUCCAGAUCACCAUGAAAACAAGUAUUGUGAUCUGGAAUGUAGCCACACCUGUAAUUACAAAAUGAGGUCUACUUCCUACCUAGAUAAUUUAGUUUGGAGAGAGAGUGAAGUGAAUCAUUACUAUGAGCCUAAGCUUAUAAUAGAUCUUUCAAACUGGAAGGAGCAGAGUAAAGAGAAGUCAGACAAGAAAGGCAAGUCAAAGUGUGAAAGGAAUGGCUUAGUGAAAGCUCAGAUAGCGCUUGAGGAAGCCUCACAGCAGCUGGCCGAAAAGGAGAGGGAGAAGCAUCAGGGGUUUGACUUUGAUUCGUUCAUAGCAGGAACCAUCCAGCUUAGCUUGCAGCAUGAGUCGACUGAAGUGGAUAAAUUAAACGACUUGAAUAGUUCAGUGUCCAACCUAGAAUCGAGAGGAAUAUCCAAGUCAGUAAGUAGAGAGAAGCAAGAAAAAGGAAUGGCCAACUUGGCCCAGUUGGAAGCUCUGUACCAAAACUCGUGGGAUAGUCAGCUUGUGAGCGGGGGGGAGGAGUGUUUUCUUAUAGACCAGUUUUGUUGUGAAGUAAGGAAAGAUGAGCAGAUGGAGAAGGAAAACACUUACACCAGUUACCUGGACAGGUUUUUUAGCAAGAAGGAGGAUGCUGAAGUGCUGGAAACUGAGCCAGUUGAAGAUGGGAAGCUCGGGGAGAAGGACAGAGAAGGAAGUUUUAUUAGUAAUAGCGGGGAAUUUCUUUUUAACAAGCACCUCGAAGCGAUAGGUAUUCCCCAGUUUCACAGUCCUGUUGGCUCCCCACUUAAAUCAAUACAGGCCACAUUAACACCUUCUGCUAUGAAAUCAUCUCCUCAGAUUCCCCAUAAAACAUACAGCAGCAUUCUGAAACACCUAAAUUAAAAAACAGCAGACAUUUCUUUUUGUACUCAUGAAAUGCGUGUUUUUUUUAUUGUAAUUUUUUUUUACUUGAAAUCAGAUGAUGUAACUUUGGUAUGGAUUUCUUUAGUUUUCUGUUUACCAUUGUUUUUACAAACCAGAAUUGCUUUCUUUACAUAACAAUUUUUUUUAAACUGGCAUGUCGUUUGCACACAAAGGUAAAGAACAGAGCAAAACAAUGCAAGUUGCAGGAAGAAAAAACAUGAAAAUGCACUAAACCAAGUAGAAACACUCAGUUUAAAACAGUUGUCCGUGUUUUGCAGAGGAAGAAGAAUAAGAAUCUUGCCUUGAAAAUUAUACAGUGAGACUAUACAUAUUUGCAUGAAAAUAUCUAUUUUUUCCCUGAAACAUUUUUCAUUCAUAUGUAUUUUAGAAUUUUUCAUACUGUACACAUUUCUUAGACACAUGAUACCAGCAGCAACUGAAAACGAAUGCAGAAUUUGGUACGCAUGUGUUAUCUACCUCAAGGUAACAGCAGUAUGUGGCAAACCAUUAACCACCCCUAGUGCUUUUCAUAAUGCACUUCUAUUUAGCCAGCAUUAUUGUAGUAGGUGGUAUUAUGGGCAAAAAACAUUCAAUAUUUAUAAAUAUUCUGGUAUGCAUUCUUUAUAGUGGAAAUGUUAAUAUUCAGCGUUUUUAAUUUAUUUUAGCAAAUUAUAUUUUCUGUAACGAUAGAAAGUCAACUUAAAUUUUUUUUGAAACUUGCUUUACAGAUUUUUUAAAAAGUUCUUGUUAGCACUAUGGUUUAUUGCCUACAUAGCUGAAAUAGAGAUGAAAUAACAUCCCCUUAUUCUGAGGUGAUCCAUGUGAGGGUUUUUCUUUAAAAAAAAAAAAAAGAUUUCACUUCAAGUAAGGCACUCACUGUGUAUAGGAAUUUGCAAUUUGGAGGUGCUUGAUCUCUACGAAGAAAUUAGGAAUUGUUUUACUAUAAAAUGCUCCUAGAAGUCUUAAUUGUGUUUAAUUUUUUUAAAACAAUUUUUGUAAUGUUAGUUGUGUGCAUGGAAAAAAAUUAAGGUACAACAUUACUGUAGGUUAAAAAUUCUGUAUGGUCAGGCAUUUUGUUUUUACUGUCUGUUUAUAACUGAAUGAUGCCCACGCCCCCAUUUCCAAUGCACGCAUGAGUAUGAUUAGUUUUAAAUGUAGCAUGUAGCAUCUCGGUCUUCUGACAGUUUGUUUUUACCUUUUGGUUUUCUGUUUUUGUUUUGUUUUUUGUUUUUCAUUUUGGGAAAUAUCAUUGGCUCCCCUGUUUAAAGAAAGAAACAAAUAAAACAUGGCCAGCAACAAUGA